AUGACGCUCUCUACUACACCUCCUUCUCCCGAACCGCCCGGAGCGGAUGAAUAUGGCCUGUGUGUCGCUAGCAAUCUGGGUCUUGGACAGCUUUUCUAUCGACAAGUCCGGCAAAGCCCCUCUUCCAUUGCUGUUGUAGAUGGCGAGUCAUCUAUCACGUAUGGUCAACUACACGCGUGGGCAGUUUCUUUGGCUGCACAGCUAUCCCACGAAGGCUUCGUCAGAGAAGAAGCGGUAGGAAUCGUUGUCCAACAUGGAGUUGCCGACGUGGUUGCCCAAAUGGCCGUGAUCUACGCCGGUGGUAGCUGUGCCCCUAUGGAUCCAACCCUGAGGGACCAGCAGAUAUGCCAACGAUUAGAACGACUCAACUCGCGGUUCAUUCUCGUUGACCAGUCCAAUCGAGGGCGAGACCUACAAUUCCAGCAGAUCGUGCUAGAGGAACAUUUGCCUCUGACCAGCAAGGAUAUAUGCGAUGACAACAACUUUCCCGUCACAACCGACCUUUCCCACCGCACACAUUUGAUACACACUUCCGGAACCACUAGCGAGCCCAAGGCAGUGCAAAUAGCCGCUCGAUCGAUCUUACAAGUGGUGUUCCAUGCCCCAUUCGAGCCAGUCACAGUAGAUGAUGUGGUCGCUCACGCUAACAAUAGCAGUUUCGAUGUCUCUCUUUUUGAUAUCUGGGUCCCAUUAUUACGUGGGGCUCGGAUUGCUGUACUCAAGAAGAUGGUUUUGCUAGAUCUCCUUGUACUGGCGGAGCAUAUUGAUCGCCUGGGGAUCACAGUUAUGGCUACUACCACUGCCUUGCUCAAUCUCGCUGCUUCAACUUUGCCAACUGCAUUUUCCAAGUUGCGUAUUUGUUUUAUUGGAGGCGAGGCAGCUAAUGUGAGCGCUAUCGAAACAGUUCUGCGCAAAGGACCUCCAGAGAUGCUGAUUAACGCUUAUGGUCCGACUGAAUGCUGCAUAUUCUGCCUGGCUCACCGGGUUACACCCAAGGAUAUCCAGAUGGGCUCUGUCAGUAUUGGCACACCCAUCGGCCAUACCGUCGCAUACAUUGCGGACGAGUCAGGUCGCGCUGCCAACGAAGGGGAGCUUUGGAUCGGCGGGGCGGGCGUGUCCCCUGGAUAUAUAAACCAGCCGGAAAAGAAUGCCAAAAGUUUCCCCACGAUAGUGAUGCCUUCCGGCGAGGCAGCUCGAUUCUACCGCACAGGUGACAUUGUUCGUCGCCGUGACGAUGGUCAGAUCGACUAUGUAGGGCGGGUGGACCAUCAGAUUAAAGUUCGAGGCUUCCGAAUUGAACUUGAGGCUGUUGAAACCAGUCUACUCCAGACUGGUUUGUUUGCUGAGGUGGCAGCGAUGGGCAUUCAGUCGCCGCAAGAGGGUGCAGGAUCGGUGCUGGUAGCCUACGCGACCCCCAAGGAUCCGGCUCAUCCCCCUGAGAUCUCUAAGGCCUUGGAGAUCCUCCAGGACACCUUACCCGACUACAUGAUUCCCCAAUUGCAGCUCAUUCAGAAGAUGCCGCUCAACAGUCAUGCCAAGGUGGACCGAAAGGGUUUGAAGCAACUCUUCUGCCAGCGUUCGACCUCGCUGCUCAAACCAGGGCCGAAAUUGCCCAAUACGCUCUGCCAGGACACCCAAACGACCUUGGCUAGCCUAUGGGCCACUAUCCUGGCAAACCCAAAGCCAGAAUAUAAGGAGAGCGAUGAUUUCUUCGUGCUUGGAGGUACCUCUCUCCAAGCAUCUCUUCUCAUUAGCCAAAUUCGUCAGGUAUUUCGUUGUGAAGUAUCUCUUUUGGCUCUGUAUGACAACUCUACAGUUGGAGCCCUAGCGAGUAUUAUUGAUCACGCCAAGGGCGGUCACCUCAAGACUGUGCGUGAUGAGAGAGAAUUCUGGCUGGCUGACACAAAGCUGGCCGACGAUUUGCCCGCUCCGAUGACCACACCCGUGAACUGGCAGCGUGAUAUUGAAGGCCGCAUUUUUAUCACCGGUGCCACAGGCUUUGUUGGGGCGUUCUUGUUAGUAGACUUAUUAAACAUGCCAUCGGUACAUCAAAUUGGCUGUCUGGUGCGAGCCCCCAAUUCCGCUGCUGGUAUGCAGCGACUGCGUCUUGCCCUCGAAAAAUAUAAUCUUUGGGAGGAUAGAUUCACGAAUAAGCUUCUUGCUUUCCCGGGGUUACUAGAAGAUAAGUAUCUAGGGUUAGGACAGGCUCGAUUCAACGAGCUGGCGAGCUGGGCUAGUGUAGUCUUUCACCUUGGUGCACGCGUCAACUAUACGCAGCCAUACUCACUACAUCGCCCUGCCAAUACACUGGGAACGAUCAACGUCGUGCGGUUCGCUUGUACAAGGCGAAACAAGGCAGUUCACUACGUGUCUAGUAUCUCCUGUUUUGGCCCCACUGGCUUCGUCACUGGCACAACAAGUGUGGGUGAGGAUGACUCCCUUCUCCCCCAUGUGGAGGCUCUCCCAUACGAUCACGGGUAUGCGCAGAGUCAAUGGGUGGCCGACCAGCUUCUUCGACGUUUGAUGGAUCGCGGGUUCCCAAUCUCUAUCUAUCGGCCCGGGUUUAUCACCGGCCACAGCCAGACGGGCGUCUGUAACCCUGAUGACUUUUUCAGCCGCUUGAUGAUAGCAUGCGAGCAGAUGAAAAGCUACCCCAUGUUGCCUAACCAGCGAAAGGAGUUCGUUCCGGUUGACUACGUUAACUCGGUCAUUCUUCAUAUAGCUGCGUCUGAGCACGCUGUUGGCCGGGCCUACCACAUCGUGCCCCCAGCCCGUGACAUGUCCAUCGACAUGGAUGACACAAUGGAACUGCUGGGGGAGGCAGUAAAUUCACGUAUCCAUGGCUUACCUUACAUGGAAUGGAUUGACCGGCUGGCUGCCAACCCUCCUGUGGCAUUGCAGCCGCUGCAGCCUAUGCUGGCGGAGAGGGUGCAUGACGGUAUGACUCGUUGGGAGUUAUAUGCUAAUAUGCCCGUCUAUCAGACAACAAACACUGAUAGAAUGAUGGCCAAUUAUCCAGGAGGUCUGAAAUUUCCCGCUCUUGACGCCUCUUUGUUGGGGAAGUACAUCGCCCAUCUGAGAUCUGCUUGUUAG